UAAAUGGAGAGUACUCAACUAAAGAAAGAUCUAAGCUACCUCAAAGAUGACAAAGGAAAUAUUCAGGGGAGAUUCAUUCUUGGAGAUACAAAUAAAUUUAUAUGAAAACUUUUUAAUAAAAAACCGAGUCUGCCUUCUAAGAGAAGAAGCACUCACAGGGCAAAAUAAAACAUCUUUCAUAGCUCCUCAAAAGAUUGAGAAUCAAGGCAUGCUAAAUUCUCCAACAGUUACUGCAAAAGUUAAGAGUUUUAAGAAGAGAAAUCCAAACUACAGCGACAAAGAUCUGAGGCUCUACCUCCAAAAUUUGAAGAGGAGAAAGAAUUUAGUUUCAGAUAUAAAUAAGACUAUUACUUCUACCAAGGAGCAUAGCUACAGUAAACGCCCUAUGACUGUAAAAUCCCUACUAAUGAGUAAACAUCUGAGCAAGCUUAAGGAACUCAGAAAUAAAUCUGAGGGAAGGAAACUCCAAAAGCAUGCUGCAAUGGAACAGAACUGGGAGAAAUUCACGAGUUUUAUUAAAUCUAGGAUCCAAAGACCUAAAACAGGGAUCUCUUUAAUGAACUCUUCUGAUAACUAUAAGCAAUAUAAGUUCCAAAAGGAAUUUACAGAGACUCAAGAUCCUAAUCCAACCCAAUAUGGGCGAUCAGUUUGGCUUUCCAGUCUAAGAAGUAACGAAGAGGUUGAUAAAUGGCCGUAUAACCUCUCCAUAAAGAAGUACAAAAGAGCUAAGACUAAAAUCACCAAGAGGCAGAAUUACCCUGACUUUAUCCAUUCUUACCGUGGGACUCACUAUGCUUACACCAUCCUCCCUAUGCGGAAGCAUAGGGAGGAGGUUGUCAGAAACAGUGAUAUUUUCUUUAGUCAAAAAAUGGGCUUAAGUCUCUACAAGACUCAAGACUUCUCUAACAAUAGAACAAUAGAGCAGGGGACUGCCCCAGUGACAGCUAAGCUUAAUACCCUAGUGAGUGACCAAGAGAGUUCAAAGGUAGCCCAAACAUUUGAUGUUUCUAGCUAAGAAGAAAUUACACUGACC